GCGGCCGGCCCCGCCGCCGCCAUGUCCAUGAAGGGCCGUUUCCCGAUCCGCCGCACCCUGCAGUACCUGAGCCAGGGCGACGUGGUGUUCAAGGACUCGGUGAAGGUCAUGACGGUGAACUACAACACGCACGGGCCGCUGGGCGAGGGCGCCAGGAAAUUUGUGUUUUUCAACAUCCCUCAGAUCCAGUACAAAAACCCAUGGGUGCAGAUCAUGAUGUUUAAGAACAUGACACCGUCACCCUUCCUGCGCUUCUAUUUAGAUACCGGGGAGCAGGUCCUGGUGGACGUGGAGACCAAGAGCAACAAGGAGAUCGUGGAACACGUCAGGAGGAUCCUGGGCAAGGACAAGGAGACGCUCAGGAGGGAGGAGCAGGAGAGGCAGCAGCUCGCCCACCCCGCCAACUUCGGGCCCCGCAGGUACUGCCUGCGCGAGUGCAUGUGCCAAGUGGAGGGCCAGGUGCCCUGCCCGGCCCUCGUGCCCCUGCCCAGGGAGAUGCGGGGCAAGUUCAAGGCCGCCCUGAAGGCCGACCAGGACUGAGGCCAGGCCAGGCCGGGCCGGUGCUCGGGCUGACCGUGGGAGACUGCUGGGGGCCACUGCUGCAGGGAAGGUCUGGAUCUGUCCCAGAGACUCGAACUCCACCAUGGACGGUGCCCCCUCCCGUGUGGAAGCAGCUGGGCCACCCGUGGACACCGCGCUGUGCCCCGCCGUCAAUAAAGUGCUGCUUGGACGCAGCCCGCCAUCGCCUGAGCCUGGAGGGGGGAGCCACGGCCGGGACACCCGUUUGCUGCUGCGACGCCGCCUGCUCUCCACUCCAUCGCGCCUCAGAGCCCAGCCUGGGACUGCGGGCGUUGGGGUGCGGCCAGCCAGAGCGGUCAAGCUGGCAGUGUGGACGCUCCCCACGGCCCUUGGGUAUUUCUCAGGGCAGCCCUACCAUGGUGCCAGCGCUCGCCUCACUAGAGCUGCCUGGCCAGGGCCGAGAUGGAGGCACCCCAGGGUCGGUCAGGUAGCCUCAGGUAGGGGCAGCCGGGGCCCUCCCUGUGUUCCUGCCGGGAGGUUUCCGGCCUCAGAGGCGGCGCGGCCCCUGCUGAUGGCCAGUUCUGGGUGCCUGCCGUGGCUCCCUCCACCACUGUCCUGGUCCCAGGCCUGGGAGCACUGGUGUCGCUGGGCCUCUUCCUGGCAGUCUGUAGGACACUUGACGCUACUGUCACAUCCACUGUGACGGUGUCUGCCCUUAGCCAACAGCGGAGCCCUUUCAGGUCACCUAAGACUGCUCAGCCGACUGGGGGCGCAGCUGGAUGAGACGCCUGGACACUCGGCCAAGGGGCCAUGGCUUUACAGGAUGCACAGGACGAAAACGCGUUGAACACUGCUUUGUAAAGUAACCGGAGGCGGAGAUGUAGAAGAACGCUCCGCACGUGAGCUGUCCAGCUGUCUGUGCUGUCCAGCUGUCCGCGGCCGCAGCCCCGCCGAGUGCUCCGGGCCGCAGGCACCUGACUGCCCUCCCGGAGGAAAGCAUCCGAACACCAACUUGAACACGCGGUCCAGUGACAUGCCGAGCGCUCCCCUCUGCGGCGUGUUGGAAGUGUCCACACCGGAUGAUCGGCUUCCUAAGUACAUGCCGGGAUUAAAGCUGGGCCCUCUGCACGGUUUCUGGUUCAGUUUAUUCUCGGGUUGCUGUUAAGUAGCCCCAAAGGAAAGUCUUUAUGAGAUUCAUUUAGACUGUCACGCUUCCAGCAGCCUGGAAAGCCUCUUCCCAUGGCGUGAUUGUCACGACAGGCAAUGACACAGGACAGGUCGCAGUCAGCGUUGGCCGCCCAGUGAGCGAGCGGAAACGGCUUUCCUGCCGUCCGGCACGGGGCUGCGGGCCGCGUGCCCACCGGCUCCCGAAAGGCACAGCGCUGCGGCCUCGCUCAGUGUCUGACAUUCUGGUUGCUCACUUUGAAAAGGAGGAGAGGGGCCUGGGGGCCACGGGAGUCUGCGGCUCUCCGGCCACCGCUCCCGGCAGGCCCCGCCGCCCAGGGCCGCCUCCCAAUGCCCAGUAGCGGGGGAGGCUGGGGACAGGCCCGGACAGGGAACACUUGGCACCUGGAGCUUCAUGGCUACCCGAAGGCCGUGCGUGUCCACAUUAAAAUCCGAUUUCACCUGGA